UACUAGAAACUCUGUUUUGGCAAAACAGCCGCGGCUAGCAGCUGCAACUCGUUUUCUUUGAAAAUCUGUUGUUUUUUAGAAUCGUAAUAUCGUCCGCAGGUGGAAACUCGUAUAGAUAGAAGGUGAACGUACGUGAUAUAUAUGUGAACUUCCGCAUUAAGGGCUAAGUUGGCGGAGUAGAUGUUUUCGAGGGUCGUCCUAGCCAGUGGCUGACACAUCAUGCCUAUCUAUCGUCGUUCUUGCUGUUAUUUACUACUAACUCCGAAGUUGCAAUUCCUGUCGCCAUUAUUCGUUCUCUCCCUUCCUACCACAUUUGAGAGUUGCGCUUAUUCGAAUCGCUAAAUUUCCUACUGCUGCUGCUACUGCUACUAAGGCUGAUGUCGUGCGAACACUUCUUCUCAAUGUUAGCAUGAGUGGAGCCACACCACUGGCCUUCUCGUGCCGCUAAAGAGAUCACCUUUUUCUCAUUUUGUUUUUAACUGGUGAGCACAUAACGGUUUAAUGGAAUCUUGAAACAGCCAUAUGGUGGGUUGUGGGCCCGUUAAGAGUUUCGCCCAGGAUUCAACAAUUGGCUACUUAUGUAAAAGAUAUUUCCGUUGUACCUUGCAUCCGUGUUGAUAAGUCAGUUUCUUUUGUGCGAUACGAUGCGCAGCUGUCGAUGGCUUGUACUUAUCGUCCAAGUAAGGAAAUGGCUUUCGGAAUUGAUAUGACGGGAAGUUGCGCAAGGUGUAUAAAGCUCGUGCUGAUAGCAUUCAACAUUAUAUUUGGAACCCUUGGUGUAGUAAACGUAUAUUGGGGAAUACUUUUAUGGGACAAAACAGGUGGCCACAUAACAGGCGUUUAUGGUUUGCCAUUCUUCAAAUUUGUCGGUGGGUGUUCAGUCGUCUUCGGCGCCACACUCGGGCUCACUGGUGCCUGGAAAAGGAGCCCAUGGUUUCUCACGGCAUACGCCAUUACACUAGGUAUCUUAUUGUUCGUGGAAAUCUUCUCGAUUAUUCUCACGUUCAUCGCUCGAACGAUGGUAUCUACCAGGCAAAAACAGGCUUACGAGACCAUGCAGAAAUACUAUACAGACGAAUCGUCUAGAAACUGGUGGGAUGCACACCAGGAGCGUUUCCAGUGCUGCGGUAUUAACAGUGCCAAGGACUGGCAAUUCAUACAAGGUAGCCCAAACGAACCACCAUGGUCCUGUGGCGAGGCUCCAUUUAUUCGGCCAGGAUGUUGGGAAUUAAUAAAGAAGUACGCUGAAGAACGUUUUCUUUAUAGUGAGAUGAUAGAUGUAGCCGUCCUCCUUCUGGAUCUGCUAUGCAUAGUCUUCGCCAGCUGCCUCGCCAGCAAAUGUCGUGACGAAUGUGUUCACCAAGAGGACAAUAGCGGAACCGUAGAAGCUGGUACAAGUAGCUCGUCAACGUAGGCUUUGCACGUUUUUCACAUUCAUUGACUCAUAUUGAAGUAACAUGCCUGGUCCCAGCAACACGCUGUCGUAGUCGCUAGAUGUCGCUGAUGUUGUGUUUCU